AUGGAUGGGUCUAUGAGGUUGUGUAUUGACUAUAGGGAACUGAACAAAGUCACAGUGAAGAAUAUGUAUCCUUUGCCAUGCAUGGAUGACCUAUUUGACCAAUUGCAGGGAGCUCAGGUAUUCUCUAAGAUUGAGUUGAGGUUAGGCUAUUACCAGUUGAAGGCAAAUGUGGUAGCAAAUGCCUUGAGUAGGAAGGUCACAGUUGGAGAUGUAGCUGCUUUGUCAUUGAGAUUUGUUUGGCACAUUGUGGUUAGUGAUGAUGGAUUGCUUAGAUUUUGUAGCCGAGUUAUUGUUCCUGUUGAUGGUGAUUUGAAGAAUGAGAUUAUGAUGGAGGCACAUAGUUCUCGUUACAAUAUUCAUCCUAGAAGCAUUAAGAUGUAUUAA